CGAACAGAAUCCGAAAACUAUUUUUUUUAUCGUCCACAUUGUCAAUUGACCGUUCGUUGGCAAUAUGUUCUCGCGUUCUUCGUUCAUCGAUUUGUGCGAGGAAUUAUGUUUUUGGUGACACUUUUGACUUACGUAAUUGUCCUUAAAUGCGGUUGUUGCCAAAAAUGGCAGGAACGCAAACUUAGCCUGAGGAUACCGCAAGGACUUGUGGAGGGGUUGACUUUGUAUACGGAAUCAUCAAAAUUGGUAAAUAGUUUCUUGGGCAUACCCUAUGCGGCGGCCCCUAUUGGAAAUAAUCGAUUUAAGCCCCCGCAAAAACACGCUGGCUGGAAUGAAACGUUCAAAGCAAUCGGCUAUGGUCCGAGAUGCGCCCAAUUAACCAGAAAAGGAGAAGUUGUUGGUAACGAAGACUGCCUCUAUUUGAAUAUUUGGUCCCCAUCUGUUUCUGGUAAUUUUGCCAACAUCCCGGUGUUGAUGUUUUUCGAAGGUCUAGAUUUUUACCGAAACACCGAAUUGCCGAUAUCGGGCCAAGACCUAGCAGUCGAAGGGGUAGUUGUAGUUAUAGCGAACUACAGACUGAAUAUUUUCGGGUAUUUUUGUUUGGGUACCGAAGAAGCCAGAGGUAAUUUGGGACUCCUUGAUCAAUAUUUUGCUAUUCUCUGGGUUAAAGACAAUAUUAAGCAUUUCGGAGGCGAUCCGGAUAAAAUCACCCUUUUUGGACACUCUUCCGGCGCGGUCAGCGUCGCUUUCCAUUUGAUAUCGCCAAGAACCGCAGGUCUUUUCCAGAGGGCGAUAAUUUCAUCCGGAAGUGCGGUAUCAGCAUGGCAAACUCAAAACGAUCCAAUAGAAGCAUCAAAAGAAAUACUGAGACUUUUAACGUGCAAUUCUUUUGACUAUUUAAGAUGUUUACGAUCCAAAACGACGGAACAUGUUUUACGAGCGUUGCAGGAAUAUUCGCAAUUGAGCGACUUUUUGUUUCUUCCCGUGGUGGACACUUUUCUCGCAGAAAACAAUCGAUAUUUACCGAAUGAACCGGCGAAAGCUUUCAGGGAAGCAACUUUUUUUCAAGUCCCGAUUUUAACGGGUAUUUCGAAACCGAUCACACACCCCCAACUAUAUGAGUGGGUGGAUUUCGCCAGUCAAGGCUACCAGCAACUACAGUACUACGUGGAACGGUCAAAAAUUCCAGAGAUUCUCCGCCUUUACAAAUUUACUAAAGGGCCGAACUACGAUCAAGUGUUUGAUUUGGUUAAUUGGAAAUACGGGUCGACUAGUCAAGACGACGUCAGGCUGCUUUUCGAUCAGAUUCGAAAUUUAGAAUUCGAGUCGAAAAUUGAGGCGCCGCAUUUUUUGCAGUUGUCGUAUUUGAAUUCUUACGUGCAACCUAUUUUCGUCUACUCCAUAAACGACGUAGGACCCUCUUUGAAUACCACUGAUCAGCUAGCUGCUUCGGAUUUAAUCUUACUCUUUGGACCGUCGCUUUUAAAACACACAGGAAGGAGAAGAUUUAACUCGAUGGAAGCCAGGUUUAGUGCCCAGUUAAAAAAGAUAUGGAUCGACUUUAUUUAUGUUGGAAACCCGACGCCAAAUAACAACAGAAUGAAACAGUGGAGGAAGUACACACCCGUGGAUCAAUACAUAGAAAAUUUUGACUUUAACUCUAGUAUCGAUAACAGUGGCGAAGUUAAAAGGCGAAGCCUAGCAAUAGCGUUUUGGAAUCAACUUUUGCCGAAAAUGGCAUCACAUGUUCCAGCUCCUAAUGUGAUACCAAAAGAGUUACAAAAAAGCCCAGAUCCCGGCGCUAGUCUACGACACGCACUGUUUACACUCGUCGGGUUGGUUAUAUCUUUGUUAAUAUUACUAAUAGUUUGCAUAGUUUUGUUGAAGAAGAAAUCAAUGGAACGAGAUAACGAGUUUCAUUUAAGUUAUUAGCUGUAAAUACAAACUUCUUAAAAUUUC